AUGAUGAACAUGUGGAAAGUGCGGGAGCUGAUGGACAAGGCGACUAAUGUCGUGAUGAAUUAUACGGAAACGGAGGCCAAAGUUCGGGAGGCAACCAAUGACGACGCAUGGGGUCCCACAGGUGCAAUGAUGCAAGAACUGGCUCAGGCCACAUUCACGUACGAGCAAUUUCCAGAGGUAAUGUCCAUGCUCUGGAAGAGGAUGUUGCAAGAGAAUAAACGAAAUUGGCGACGAACGUACAAGUCAUUGCUCCUCCUUAAUUACUUAGUUCGUAAUGGCUCGGAACGGGUCGUUACAUCGUCACGCGAACACAUCUAUGACCUCAGGUCUUUGGAAAAUUACACCUUUAUUGAUGAAUUUGGAAAAGAUCAAGGAAUUAACAUUAGACAUAAAGUUAGGGAAUUAAUCGAUUUUAUUCAAGACGAUGACAAACUUAGGGAGGAAAGGAAAAAAGCCAAGAAAAAUAAGGAUAAAUACGUUGGCUUAUCGAGCGAAGCGAUGGGAAUGAGAUUUGGAGGUGGUGACAGAUGGAUGGAUAAUCCUAAAUGGAACAAAUCCGGCGCAGAAACGUAUAACGACUGGGACAGUCGCGGAAAAGGAUUUGAGGAUGCAAAUAACAGCGACGAUGGCGAAAGAGAAGACUCGGACAAUGAUACUAGUCCAAAGAAAGGUGGAAGAGAAUAUAGAGAUACGUUAGACAAUAUAAGUCAAGUUGGUAAAUCUGCUCAAACAUCAGUAUCUUCUACAAAUGCAUCUCCGGCACGAACAAUGAGAACUAUCAAAAAAGUAGAUCUCGGAGCGGCAGCAAAUUAUGGAAAAGAGCAAUCUAAUAAUAGUACACUGGUACAAAAAAAUAAUAGUUUAUCAUCGCCGAAGAAUCAACAAAAGACCAAAAAUGAUAUAUUAAAUGACAUUUUUGAAUCGCAAAGCGACAAUAGUAGACUAGACGAUGAUGAUUUCAAUCCACGAGCAAAUACUCAGUCAUUUGCUCAACCGCAAAAUGCAAAUGCGGAUUUUGGCGAUUUUACUAGCGCCUUUAAUAAUCCCGCGACGAAUCCUGUUAAGACGAAAGACAGCGAUGAAUUUGCCGAUUUCACAUCUGCCUUUAACAAUGUCGUUAUAUCUAAUCCUCCAAGUCAGCCACAAUCGCAAAUCAAUUUGAUGGGUGUAACAAUACCAACUGUAAAUAAUCCGAUAGCGAAUAAUAUGAAUAAUAGUAACAUGAUGUAUAAUGCAAUGCAAACCGCAAGCACAACAGCAACUACUGGAACUCCCGUUACUCAAAAGACAUCUAAUGAUUUAUUUGAUUCCUUGUCGUUACCAGAUCUUAAUAAUCAAGUCACAAAUAAUAAUACAGUGACGUCAAAUACGGAUCUCUUGUCGGACUUGGAUGGUUUGAAUGCCCCAGCCAUGAGGUUAUCCGAUGGACGAAUAAAUAGCUCUAACAAUUCGAACAUUUUUAUAGGAAUGAACAAUACACCUACUAGUACCGUAAAUUACGCAGCCUGUAAAUACGAAGAGAGCAUCGUGUCGAUCGAGAAUCUCUCCAAUAAUGCCGCCAAUCAAUUAUUGGAAGUAUUGUGCACCAUGCGCGACAUUAAAAGUCACGCUGAUUUGGAGAAAAUAAGAUCGUCCGUUACGAACUACGUCAGAUUUUUACCGGGGCCUGUUACUCCGCAAAAGUACAGUGGUCUUGAUCUCGACAUGAGAGUGGAUGCCAUAUUGUACGGAAGAAUUUUGGAAGAGAUAAUCGAUAAAUUCGAUCAUGAUUGGCCGCUAAAUGAAGACGGCCUGGAUCCUACGAUCGAAAAGUUGAUGAUCGUUGAUGGUGCAACCGUUUUUAUGUUAGUAGAAGCCUUAAGAGCUUUAACUACCGCAUUAAAUGAGUCUAAAAAUGAGAAGAAAACUCACGUUAUUUCAAUGUUAUUAAACAAUCUGUUAAAGAGCGAGGAGAUAUUUUCGGGGAUAUUGAACGUGUGUAGGGACGAAGAGCGAUCUCAUAUGCAGGAGGAGGAACUCGAUCAGAUUUGGCGAAGUGCGACACAAAUUUUAAUCUCUCUACCCAGUCGCGUAUCAAAUAAACUGCAGUUCACCACGCCGAAAUCUUAUACGCCGCAAGUUUAUGUGAAGCUCCUCUGUUUUCACAUAUCUUGCGCGAUAUCGUUUAUCAAUGAGUUAUGCAAAUAUGGCAUUAAAUCAAAAAUAUCUGUACUCUCAUUUUUAAUCAGCAAGAUUGUAGUUAGCUUGAAGCCAUGCGAUUUCAUGUGUUUUGUUGAUAUUUUUGAAGAGUGGUGCCUCGAAAAUAAAAGGAACGAGCGACGUCUAGUCGAAGAUAUAUUUCGCGGAUUGGAUUCGACCGCCAUUGAGCACAUAGCCGUUUUGUUCUUAAAACGUUGCGAUUCUGAACUCGGUGUGCGUCCCAUUUUCGGCAAUUUAUUAACGGACUCGAAUUGGAGGUACAUUUUAACGACCAAAAUUCCUUUAAUGCGUUAUUACGAGGACGAAAAGCUAAUUAUAAAUUUAAUUUCCUAUCUGUCAUCUUUUUCGAACAAAGAUAACAUUUUAUCAGAAUUACUGAUCAAGCUUUUGGAAAUUUGGAGGGAUAAAAGUAUUUUGAAUCAUGUAUCUGCGGAACAGCACAAAUACAUUACAAAGCUGAUUGUCCUGUCUGUAAAAACUUGUAAAGAUCUUUUAAGUAGUGCUGAAAAGGACCAGUGUCAGAAACUCUUGCUUUCUGGAGUAUCCGUCCAUCUCGAGUGUACAAAUAUAACUUUGAGAGCGAUGGGUAUGAUGGUCGCCGAGAUUUGUAUAAAUUCUUUGUGUAACACCGAUAACGCACCGAAAUUAAAAUUCGAAUACGAUAGCAUGCCUGCACCAGUAUUGGAAUUGCUUCAAUCUUUAAAGGAUCUAAAUACGCUUGAAAUGACUGUAAAUAUACAAGAACAAUACGAGCGAAGUGGCGACUUAAUAGCCGGAAAUAUUGUUUUUGAUUCUGUGAGUAGCAGGAAAAUCUACGAAUUGGGUGUUGAUUGUGACAUCUUACCCAGUAUUGAAAAUCUGUCGAGCGAAAAAAUUGAAGCAAAUAUACACGUUUCAGAAAAUAGCGAGAUAAGAGAUAAUCUAACGAAGAAGAAUGAAACGAAACAACAGGCGAAGCUGGAUUACGAUGACGAUUCGGAUCUAGACAGUGACGAUGAUUUGGUUCCUUACGAUAUGAGCGACAGUAAACCAUCCAGUAAGAUACGCCCGACGUAUCUACGAGAUUUGGUCGAUAAUUUAACGGAUGAACGUACUUUUUCCAAUCCCGAUGUUUUCUCCGAAUCUCUGCUAGUCUGCGAAGAACUAAUAUUGACGCAGUUACCGAACGAUGAUGUGUCUUUUGCGAUAGAACUCCUGCAACUUCUCGUCACGUUAAGGCAGCAUUCUUAUGUGGAGAAUUUUGAACGUGUCAUUUUCAAAUGUUGCGUGGCGAUUGUAACUGUGCGCCCGAAGGAAUGCGCAGAGUUUCUCUGCAAAGAAUUUUACGAGGACAUGGGGAAGUACUCAUUGAGCCAUCGCUUGCUGUUCUUAGAUAUAUUGGCCGAGUCCGCCAGGCAAUUAUCAAAAAUUGAUGUCGGCGACACAGAUAGCGCCGAUACUACCGUAGAUACUGUAAUCAAGAAGAAACGAAUUCCGAGCCGUAUAUCACUUUUCAUCGAUACGCAAGAGAAUAAAAGACAACAAGAAUGGUAUGACGAAGACUUCGACAUUGAUCUGAAAGCGUCGGAAAAUCAAUCUACAAAUUGGCAAGAGAUCGUCGAUAAAAGAAUUGAGUCUCGUACGAGACGAUUUGCGCAUCAUUCCAAAUCUCCCAAGUUACAUAUUAAUUAUUUUGGAAAUGUAGUUUCUUCAUUUUUUUAUCCGCUUCUGCAUGGUUUUGGCCAUCGUGAUAUCCUUAAGCUUAGUAACUUGAACACUUACCAAGAUCAGGAAAAUAUUUUGCUGCUACGUUAUUUGAAAACGUUGUCCGCCAUAAUGUUGGCGGCGCAAAAUUGUCCGCUGGCAUCGAAGAUGGGCAAAGAGAUAUUGGAGCUUAUGUGGACAGUGAGGAAUCACUAUGAGGCGACAGUGCGAUUAGCCGUUACAGAAAAUAUCGGAUCUGUACUAAUUGCAGUGCCAAAGGAUGCUAUCAUCAACGAAUUGUCUGAGCCUUUAAUGGAAAUAAAAGAAUGGCUUGUGUUGUCGCAGAACGUCGUUAAUGGCGAACAUGAUGCAAAUUGCAGAGCCUUAAACGCGAAAGUGCUCUCUUUUAUUUAUUUGAUCAUAAGCUCCACUUUUAAUGAUGUAUAGAUUAAUUGAGAGUUAAUUAUUGUUAGAACACUAGAAUAGAACAUUUAUUAUUAGAAAGAACUUGUGCCAUUUUUACAAUAUUAUCAUCAUUUAUAUGAAUAUUAUGUAUGUACAAUUCCAUUUAGACUAUAUUUUGUUUUUAGAAUUAAUUUUUGUAUGUGCGAGAGGUACAAAUUAUGAACUAUAUUAUAUAUGUAAUUUAAAUAUAAAAAAAGCUUUGUUA